AUGUCAUCCUUAAUCUUCUGGAACUGUAAAGGGGUCAAAAAGAAAGAGACCGCCCUCUACCUUAAGGAAGUGGUUAGAGAUAAUUAUGUUUUCUUUGUUGGUUUGGCUGAAACCAAAGUCUCCAUGAUUAAUAAGACUGAUGUUGGUCGUAUUAUUAGCAACAGCUGGGAUUUCUUUCACCAACCUGAUGUUGGCACUGCAGGAGUUAUUAUGAUUAUGUGGGAUAGCAAUUUGGCUAGCUUUACUGUGAUUGAACAUACCUCACAGGUUGUCUUCGGUGCUUUGACUACACCAAAUAAAGGCCUAUGGCAUGUUGCCAUGGUGUAUGGUCAUAAGGACUUUCAAAUCAGACGUGAUCUUUGGAAUCGGCUUGACAAGGUUAUGAUGAUUGAUGUACCCACGAUUGUGGGAGGAGACUUUAACUGCCUCCUUUCUACUGAGGAAAAAAGAGGUGACAAACGGUUUAAAAUGACUAAAGGAACCGAAGAAAUGAAAUCUUUUAUGGUAAAUCAAGAUCUUCAUGACUUAAGCGUUGUUGGUCCUAAAUACACUUGGUGCAAUAACAAGCAUGGCAUUACUAGAAUUUGGGAACGGCUCGAUCACUGUUUAUUAAAUUCAACUGCCUUACAGUUGGUUCCGUCUGCAUAUGUCAAGCACCUUUCACGAAUUGCUUCAGACCACUGUCCUUUGGCUUUUAAGCUUGACGACACUAUGCAUUCGCAUCCUAAAACCUUCAUAUUUGAAGAUACAUGGAGAUCCUAUCCUGCUACCAAAGGCAUUGUUGCUAAAGCAUGGAAUAAGCAUGAUUAUGGUGAUGACUCGGAAGUCCUUAACAUAAAAAUCAAGAGAACCUUGAAAUCCUUUUUUUUCUGGAAUAGAAACAAAUGCAAAAGCUUGAACCAGCUAAAAGAUGAACUGCAGAAUGACAUUCUCAAAUUGCAAUUGCAAGAAGAUGAGGAGGGUGGUCUAAGUCCUAAAGAUCUUGACACACUCUGCAGUAAGGUUAGAGAAUUUAACAUUACUCUAGUUAGACUCUCUACAUGGUGGAACCAGCGCGCAAAAGCCAAAUGGAACGAAGAUGGAGAUACUAACUCUAGAUUUUAUCAUGCCUAUGCGACGGCUAGGAAGAAUGGCAAGUUGAUCAGACAAAUUAAGGAUGAGAAUAAUACCACUGUGGAGGAAUUGGAGAAAAUUGAAUCAGUUUUCUUAAGAUUCUUUGAAGAUAAAUGGAAGCCAAGGAACUGCAAUAUCCAGAACUUGCCUAAAAUUGAUCACAAAUAG